AUGGAGCCGAGUGCGGGGCCGCCGCCGCCGCUCGUGGUCAAGGUAAUGCGCAUGUCUGCGCCGGUCCUUGCCGCGCGUUCGGUGCCGGUAUUCGAGACAUCCAAAGAGUCGGGGUCGGCGCUCGGCGCAGCGUCGGGCGUCGAGGCGUUCGACCCAGCCGCCUGGGACGCCGUCCAGGCGAGCUAUGCACGCGGCAGCGACCGUGUCUUUACCGAGGCGGAGCCGACGCUGCGCGAUGCGACAUACACGGACCACUUGGUCCUCCCUUCGUCGUUUGGGACGGUCGCUGUCGGCGAGACGUUUAGCGUGUUGGUAAGUGUGACGAACGAGUCGGACGCGCCGGUCCAAGGUGUCCGCCUGCAGGUGGACAUGCAGGCGGGUGGCCCGGACGCCUCGCAUCCGCUUGAGUACGUCCUGUCGUACGCGCCAGAGAGCGACGCCAGCGCGCCGCCGGCCGUGGUCGAGCUCGCGCCGCGUGCGCGCCUCACCCUCGUCGCGCGCCACGAGAUCGGGACGAUGGCGCAGCAUGCGCUCGUGUGUCGCGUGCGCUGCGACUUGCCGACGAGCGGCGAGGAGCAUUGGAUGACCAAGUACGUGCCUAUGCUCACCAGACUGUACAAAUUCUCCGUCCAGCCUCCUCCGAUCGCAUUGCACACCACGUCGCAAGGCGUCCGCAGCCGCGCACUGGCCAUGCACCCUGAUGUGCGUGUGCGUGAGCGUGUGUAUAUCCAGGUGCAGGUGCACAACGUAUCGCCCCGGCCGGUGGUCCUGGAGGAGCUGCGCCUCGAUACGCAGCCGGCGAACGACGCCUGGACCUGGCACCUCGUCGAUGCGCUGGAUACGGGAAGCACCGCGCGGCACUUGCAGCCGAAAGACGUGCGCCAGUACGUCUUUGUGCUCGCGCCGAGCAGCGAGGCGGUGCUGGAAAAGGCGACGCUCGCGCAGCUCGCCGCCGCGCCGGCCGACAAGCGCUUGGUCAGUGUCGUGCAUCCGCUCGGCACGAUCGUCGCGCACUGGCGCGUGCCGAAUGCCGAGCCUGGCGUGCUCAAAAUUGGGCCGAUUCAGCGCGGCGUUAAUAUGCCCGUUCCGCCUGCGCUCGAUGGUCUUCCCCGCCUGUUUGCGACCGCGCACCUCGCCGCGCUGCCGCAAGCAUUUGUCGCUGAGGCCGCGGCCGAGCUGACAGUGCACGUCGCAGUGCAUGCCCUCGACGGCGCUCAGCGCACGUACGACCUCGCGCUCGUCGCCGCCGACGGUACGUGGCUGAACAUGAGCCUGCUCGGCCCCGCGUACCGCGCGAUUCCCCACGUCACGGAGCAUGCCGAGGUGCGCAUUUCUGUCCUCCCUCUCAAGGCCGGCGUCGUGCAGAGCGGCGGCAUGGCGCUCAUGCUCACGUCGUACACCGAGGGCGCGACGACCGUCCCCGUGUCUCCACCCCACAUCCUGCGCGAGUGGCCGUGUUUCGUGGAACUGGUUACUAUUGACACGGGCUAA